AAAAACCAAAAAAUAAAUAAUAACCGUUAAAUCUAAAACUACAAAUAUAUUUAAAUAGAACAAAAAUAAAACGAAUUAUUAAAGAAAAGAAACAAAAUUAUAAAAACAACAAAUUUAAACAAAUCGAUGAUAGUAUCGAUAACCAUAACACAGUAAAACAACAAUAAAGAACAAAAAGCCAAUUUAGCUUUUUUUUAGUUAAAAAAAUAACAACUAUUGGAUAUUUUGGAUACUUUAUUUUCAAUUUUCUUUUAUUGUUGUAAAACACAAAUACAUACACUCGCCAGUCAGUCAGCCAGCUAUUGCACAUAUACAGUUACAUAUAAAACACACACCAACAUACACUAGUCAAUGAUUUUUUAUCUCGUGAUUACACUAUAAAAUCUAUGUGGGAUUAUAAACUCAACCCUUAAAUCUGGGGGAUACAAUGAGGCCAGAAGUAUACGAUGUUACCACAGUUUACACUCAAUGCCAGGAUUAUUUUUUUUAUGAUGGUAAUGUUUGCCACUGCAACAACAGCAUCUCUAAAGAAAACAAACGAUGUUGUGAUAAUGCUGAAAAAUCACGAGAGGGCAUUACAUGUCAAUGCCGGCGGCAAAGUGACAGCAACAGAUAUAUCAUUAGCACAAUUUUUCACCAUGGAAAGUGUAGGCGACAUUUUCAGCGACACUUUCAAAAUAGCCCUAUACGCCAAGGAAGUGGGACGUUAUUUGUGCUUCAGAAAAGGAAAAUUAGUUGGAAUGAAAAACUUAACACGCGACUGUCACUUUAUCGAAUCCCUAGAACACGGUUAUUUUUUAUAUGCUAAUGCCUAUAAUCCCUCAUGGCGUGUAGGCUUUACUAGAGGCCUAAAACCCGUGGGACCGAGACACUGGAAAAGACCACAAACUCUUAAACGAGCUUGUUUUCUAUUCGUUAAAAUAAAUGCCGAGCAUUUUGAUCGUAGCCGUUUUACGACGACUACAACAACAACCACUACCACAACCACUACUACUGCAGCACCCAGUAUAAAGGCCGUUACUAGAAGCUCAGCAGCUGUAACUUUGAGGGAGGGACAUAAAAUGCACGAUUCCAAAGCUAGUAUUAUAGAUAGUAACAGUAAUAAUAAGAGAUUUAAAAAUGCUAAUAGAAAACCCACACAACGUUUGAUAAAUAGUGAAAAUAACAACGCUAACGGUGUGAGAAAUCGUGACGUUUUGGGACAACGUCAUCGUAAACGUAAACAUCAUGCCAAAUUGGCAAACAACAAUAAUAAUAAUGCAAGUUUAGGUGCAAUGCAGCCAAAAAACUUAAUAAGACAUCAUCAUGACCAGGGAAACGGGGAGGGGCGGAGGCGUCAGCAUCAAAGAGAAGAAAAAGAACGCAAAUUGCGUUUGCACAACCAAAGAAGGCAAGAACAACAACAGCAGCAGUACGAAGAUAAGGAAGCUGAGCCAAUGCCAAAUGCCACUAAUUCCGCCACCCCCUCAAUGACAGCCACAACAUUGGCAGCCACAGCUUCCUUAGCUCCUUCCGCCUUAAAUAUCGUUGCCAUGCUAGCUGCUGGUCGUCGCAAAAAAGGCCGAAGAAAGAAGCCUACAGAGACGAAUCUUUCUGCAAAUCCUUCAGCAGAUUUGCAAUUAGUAGCUCAAUCUCCUUUAGAAGCUCAAAGUCAGUAUGAUCGUGUCCAAUUGGAUCAAAUGAAAAAUCAUAAACUAAGACAUCAUCAUCAUCACCAUGAGCAUAACUAUCAUCAACUUAAACUACAACAACAACAAACUAUAGCACCAGUGAAUUCCACCAGUCGUCGUCCCUCAACUAAGGAAGUCAAAGUACAGCAACAAAACCAUAAAUACUCAAAUAGUUAUAAAGACAGUCGAUUAUUUAAUAUAAAUAGUAAUAAUAGCAGUAGUAGUAAUAGUAGUAGUAUUAAUUUAAGCUCUAAUGUUAAUUUUAAUUUAAAUAAUCUUAAACUUAAUUUAAAUAAUAAUAAUAAUGAUAAUAUUAAUGCAAUACCUGCCUUGCCAAAAAAAUACUUGUCGAAAAAUAAUCUUAUUGCAGAAUAUUUAAAGCAACAACAAACUACAAGAAGCUCGACUGAUUUUACAACAAAACAUUUAUUCCCACAACAACAAUUUAGUCAUUCCUUACAUUCAGCACAGCAGCAACAGCAGCUGCAGCAGCCGAAGUUUAAAACAAACACAACAACUGCUGCUGCUGCUGUAACUGUUACUGAGCAGAGUCAUACUAGUCACGAUUUUUAUAAAUUUUCCAAAUUAACACAUUUAAAACAAACUUCAAGUGACACAGACAAUGCUGACAAUGACAAUGAUAGUGACAGUGACAAUGACCAUGUAAUGAAUGUUAAAACAAAUUCCCAUAGACUUUUAGUUAAUAAUAGCAGUAGCAAUAGCAAUAAUCUAAGUGACAAUAAUUUACAGCAGGAGCAUUUGGUAAAUCGCUUUAAGCUAAUUUAUCUAGAUCGAAUAAGAAGCCAUACUUUUAAUUUAAAACUUAGUUCUAAUCAAAACAAAAAUAAUACACAACAACAACAGCAUUAUAAUAAUAAUGAUAAUAAUAAUAAUAAUUAUUCUCCUAUUAGUAGUACAACAAUAGCAACAAAUGAAAAUCAUUUAAUUUUGGAAAAUUUUAAACAAAAACCACAAAUUUCAAAUGAUUUUUCAACACACAGUGAAUUUAAUAAUAAAAAUGCUAAUAGCAAAAGCAGCAGUAGCAGUAGUAGUAAAGAAAAUAUUAGUAGUAAAAAUUCAACUACUUCUACUCCUUAUAAUAAUAACAAUCAUAAUAAUCUUAGUCAUAGACGUACUAAAAGAAAUAUUAUUAUUCAAAAUAACACUAAAAUUACUAACAACACCAACAGUUAUAAUAAUAAUGAAGUAGUAAAAACAAAAAGCCAAGUUAAAUAUAAUAAUAACAAUAAUGCUAAAAAAAGCAGCAGCAGCAGUAGCUAUAAAUAUGAUAAAAAUAUUAAUGUCCUUAAAAUUCUUAAUGACAACAAAGUCAAUAUUUUUAAAAAUAAUAAAAAUAAUCAACCAGAAUAUUUAAAUAAUUUAAAGCCAGCUACAACAACUACAGCAACUGCUACUACAACUACUAUCAUUACUAACGCUGCUGCCGCUGCUUAUCGCUAUAACAAAUUGUUGUCGAUACUUGUCGGUCAACAACAUUUACUUAAGCAAUUGCAACAAAAACAAAAACAACAGCUAAAUAUUAAAUUUAUUAACAACAAUCCUAACAAAUAUAAUUAUAAUAAUUAUAAUAAUAAUGAUCAUAAUAAUAAUUAUGCUCAUAAUAACGAUGUUGAUGAUAAUGAUGAAAAAUUUAAAAGAAUCCAAAAUAAAUAUGAAAAAAUUAUAGUACAAUACAGAUCUGUAUUUAAUUGA